UGUGCCGUGGUAGUUGAGCGGCCGCGGAGAGAGCGCUUUUCUUAGCAGCGCAGCUAUUGACGAGCGGCCCUGCGAGCGCUGCUCGUAGCAUCCUCGGGAAGGGCCGCCGGUAGCGCCAGAAAGGCUGCGUCUGUAAUCCGCUCCCGUCGCUUUGCGGGCGGUACGUGCGCGGCUGCUUGAGGUCGCAGGAGACGGCAGCGGUGGUGGAGAGGGAGGUCUUCCUCCCUCCCUGCGGCAUCAUGAAAGCUGUGAGUCCCGUCCGGCACCCCAGCCGCAAGGCGCAACCCGGCGUGGCUGGUGGUGGCGGGGGCCACCCAGCCCUGCGGUGCCUGGCCGAACACAGCGGCUGCAAGGGGAGCCCGCCGUCGGGUGAGGAGCCUGCGGCGCUGUGCCUGCAGUGCGAUAUGAAUGACUGUUACAGCCGGUUGAGGAAGCUGGUGCCCACCAUCCCGCCCAACAAGAGGGUCAGCAAAGUGGAGAUCCUGCAGCACGUCAUCGACUACAUCCUCGACCUGCAGCUGGCUCUGGAGACGCACCCGGCGCUGCUUCGGCAGCAGCAGCAGCCACCCGCCCUGCACCCGGGUAGCUGUCCCGUGGGCACCCCAAGGACCCCGCUGACAGCCCUCAACACUGACCCGGUAAGAGGCUGGCUCUGUUAACAAGCCGGGGGACAGCAUCCUCUGCCGCUGACCGCCGCUCCCCAGGUGUGCGGCGGCGCCGUCGCGCAGAGGCACCGCGGGGGGCGGGAGGGGGGAGAGCCCAGGCCCGGCCCCGCCGCACCGGAGGAAGGAGCCAUCCAACCCCCCGAGCAAUUCCCAUGCUUCGCCCCGGCAGAGCCUUUUCACCCCUUUGCACGCCGUAGCAUCCCCCCCCUCCCACACGCCUCGGUUCCCAUCACCCGCCCCGACACACAGCCCGUCUCUUCUCUUCGUUUCCCGACCAGAAGUGAGCCGUGCGACCGCGGUUGUCGGCCUCGAGCUGGAAAAGUUGCGACUCUGCCCCGGGAUAAGAGGACCCGAACCUAAACCAGACUUUAGAAGCGUUGUAACUCGUAAGGGACCGAGCAGCUGAAUCUUGAAGCUUUACUAAUCUACCAGAGCAUUUGUAGAUGAUAUUUGACAUCUAUUGUUUAAAAUAGAUGGAUUUUAUUUGGGGCCCAGGGAACUUUCUUCUCCCUGAAGGAAUGUUACAUAUUGUAUAGAUAAAUGAGUGACAUUUCAUACUGUGUAUAUAUAGAGAUGUUCUAUAAGUGUGAGAAAAGUAUAUGCUUUAAUAGACUACUGUAAUUAUAAAAUAUUUUUAAUUAAAUAUUUUUUGUAAAUAUUAUAAAGGUGUGUAUGUUUUUUUUAAAUCUGUGGGAAUAUCUCUUUAGAAAACCACAGCUCAAGUAUGGAGCUGCUAAUAUGGAAAUAUCUUGAAUGUUUAGGGCUUCUUUUUUUGUUUGUCCCCAGAUGUCCUUUAGACUCGGAAGUUAGCAGCUAUAGCUAGUGGUCCUGCAUGAUUGCAUGAGAUGUCUAAUUGCAAAUAAACUUGUUUGGAGUCCAUACAAACGUGUUUUCCUCAAUUUAGACUUGAAAUGUUUGUAAGUGUAUUAUACAUUUUGAGACUACACUUUUGUCAUUUAGGCACAGAGGUUUUUAGUGCAUUCUAUAGGAGUAGCAGUAAGACGUAGUGUUUUUACUGAGAAUAGAAAAAUUCUAUCUAGUUUUUGCAUUAUGGGGGCGAUGCUUUAGAUCUUUAAUCAGCUUUUAUUUUAAAAAAUCUGCUGUUGCAUCAGAUCAAGAAAUUUGUUCUGGAACUUCAUUCAGCACCAAAAGGUUUUAUUGCAACCUUGUGUUCCUACAGCCUACUAACUGCUUAAAAAGUGAAAACAGUUCUCUGCUUGCAACCAAAGGGCAAACCAUUAACAAAACCAGUUGCUGUUUCCUUCGUCCAAAGAGUAUUAAUACCGAACUGCAGAAAAGCACAUGGGCAAAGUUGUUAUGAUCAGUGAUGUAAAUUUACCUUAAAAUGAACUGAAGUAGACCAAAAAUCUGAUAACUGCGUCAAGAUUAUUUUUCUAGUACAAAAUGACUUACAUUUCACUGCAGCUAUGUUACAGUUAAAAUCCUGUUUAAUCUCUGUGAUGUGUAACUACAUGUGAACAUUAAACUAGAUUUACCUGUCUUUAA